CUUUUUACCUAAUGCAGAACAAAACAGGGGUUGUUUAGUUAAAGUCCUAAAAGUACUUUUAAUGCUCAACACAAGCUCUGCUGUUUCCCACUGUACUAGUUUUAGAAGAUGGAUCAACUAGUAAGCAUGGGUUUCUCCAGCGACUUAGCCGCCGAAGCUUUAACCGCCACCGGCGGAGACUCCAUCCAAAAAGCCACCGACUGGAUCCUCUCCCACCGCCCUCCCCUCCAAACCACCACCGCCACGUCACAACCCAAACUCGACCGUUUCCUCCGCCCCAAUUCCAAAACCCUAACCCCCGUCGGCGAUUCCAACAAACGCCUCAAGCUCUCACCACCACCCUCCACCCACCGCCACCGCCAACACCAGCCUCUAUCUGAGCGUAUGCGUCCUCGCACUCUCGACGACGUGGUAGGCCAAGACCACCUCCUCUCUCCCUCUUCCCUCCUCCGCUCCGCCGUUGACUCCAACCGCCUCCCUUCCAUCAUCUUCUGGGGCCCACCUGGCACCGGCAAAACCUCCAUCGCCAAAUCUCUCAUCAACUCCUGCAAGGAUCCUUCUCAGUACCGCUUCGUCUCCCUUUCCGCAGUUACUAGCGGCGUCAAGGACGUGAGAGACGCCGUUGAAACCGCCAAGAAGCUUAACCUAGAAGGUAAGAAGAGGACUGUGUUGUUUAUGGACGAAGUUCAUCGCUUUAACAAGUCACAGCAAGACUCCUUCCUGCCUGUUAUUGAAGAUGGUAGCAUCCUCUUCAUUGGCGCCACUACUGAGAACCCUUCUUUUCAUUUGAUCACUCCUUUGCUCUCUCGUUGUAGAGUUCUCACUCUCAAUCCCUUGAAACCUAAUCAUGUUGAGACUCUUCUUAAACGAGCUGUAGAUGAUGAUUCCGUUAGAGGACUGUCCAGUAACGUUGAGGUUGAUGAUUCUUUUGUUGAGUUCUUGGCUAACAACUGCGAUGGUGAUGCACGUGUUGCGUUGAACGCCUUGGAAAUCUCAGCUACCAUGGCCACUGCUCGAGGGGGAGAUGGUGUUGGUGUUGGUGUUGCUGCUGUUGUGUCUCUUGAUGAUGCUAAAGAGGCUCUUCAGAGCAAACAUUUGGCGUAUGACAAGGCAGGGGAUCAACAUUACAAUCUCAUAAGCGCGCUGCACAAGUCUAUGCGAGGAGGAGAUGCUAACGCUGCAAUCUACUGGCUAGCUAGAAUGCUUGAAGGUGGUGAAGAGCCGCUUUACAUUGCGAGGAGGCUUAUAAGGUUUGCAAGCGAGGACGUUGGGCUUGCCGACCCUUCAGCUCUUACUCAGGCGGUUGCUUGCUAUCAAGCCUCGCAUUUUUUGGGUAUGCCGGAGUGCAAUGUGAUUCUUGCUCAGUGCGCUGCUUACUUGGCGCUGGCUCCUAAAUCAAUUGCUGUUUACAGAGCAAUAGGAGCGGCAAGGAAGGUGGUGAAGGACUCGGUUGGUCAGAAUGAAGGGGUGCCUGUACAUCUGAGGAACGCGCCGACCAAGUUAAUGAAGGAACUUGGGUAUGGGAAAGAGUAUAUAUAUCCUCCUGAUGACCCUACUUCUGCAGCAGCUCAGACGUAUCUACCUUCGUCUCUUCUGCAUUAUAAGUUCCUGGAUUGGCCUGAAGGUACUUCAGGUGACGGCCAAGAGCAAGAAGAACAUAGGCUCUAACUACUGCUAUUAUUUCUUUCUUGUUGUUGCUCAAGCCUUAGUAGAGGCUACGAUAUAUUUUCUGGUCUAUUGAUUUCGUUUGCUGUUCCUAACGCUAGUAAACUCACAAAAAGGGUAGAAAGAGAAAACCCUUGCUUAUUAUUCAAGAAAUUUUGUUUUA